CAAAGUGGCUCUAUUUCAUUAUAUUCCAUCCAUAUCCCAAUUCCAUUCAUUUCAUAUCCCUUUCGUGUCAUUGACAUAAGAGAUGUCGUUUCUAGUAUAUCCGUUUCUAUUUCUAUAUAUGGAAAGUGAAAAAAUCAUCAUAUAAUAAUCCAGCUCGAGAAGUUUUUUUUUAAGUAGAUCGGGAGUUCAAGCAGAUGUUAAAUUAGGGUGAGGUUUACUAUUCUAGUCUACAGGCAACUUAGCUAAACGAAAUCCUGAGUAUCGACUGUCGUGUGAGUCUCGACCAAUGUGUAGCUGCCGUUAAAAGAAAGGCUAUAAGUAACGACAUUCUCAGUUAAGAUAACAGGAUUCAAGCUUGAAAAAGUGUACGUGCUUGUUAUUUAUUGUUAUAAGUAGAUGUAGAUGUGAAGGUGCCUAAGGAACCGCCCUAACCCCCUCCCCUGAAAUACGUUGUUAGAGGCGUUGGCUAUUCGUAGAUCAGUUAUACAGGCGAUUUAGCUACUGAUCUACGACCACCUUUAGUAGCGGGUAUUAGAUAAGCAGAUCCUCAUGAACUCACUUUAUGGUAGAUUUGGUAUUUCUCCUUGCAGUACUAUAACAGAGGUAUGCAAUAGGGAACGAUAUGACUAUUUGACACAGAGGGACAAUUUGAUCUUUGGGGACAAGCUGAGCGAGCAUUACUAUAUCGUAAGUUACGUGAGCAAUACAGGAAAUGUUAACGACUCUGACUGGAAUCCUCCUAAGAUAUCGGCUGUUCAAUUGUCCGCUGCUAUUACAGCUUGUGCUCGUAUUCAUAUGUACCAAUACAUUUCCAGAUCUGACUGUUACUACACUGAUACUGACUCCGCUGUUCUAGGAAGUAUCUUCUUAGCACCCAAGAGUUAUACUUUAGUCACUGACGAUGCUGGUGAUAUAAUUAAGCACAAAGGUCCUGCUAAAGGCUUGGUCAAUUAUGAAUGGUUUGAGUCACAAUACGCUGAUCUUUCUCGAACUAAGCAGGUCACCGUGGAAUCUAACUUCAGAAUGGAUUGGCAUACCCUUAACAUCGCCAAGAAGGAUUUCCAAGUAAGCCUUGGAAUCAAUGCUGCUACCAAAAGGGACCCUGUGUAUGAUGAGAACAAUGUUUGGGUAGACACUAAACCUAAGGAUGUAAUAGACUUCGGUGGUCAAGAAAGCUCUAUUCUCAAAUUAGAAUUGAAGAUUCUUCAUGAGAAAUAUGCUGAGCUUGAAGAGCUCUCUCUUAUGAAACAAAAAGAAGAUGCUCAGCGUAUUGCUAGUCUGGAGUCAGAAAUAGCUAAACUGCGUUCAGAGAUGAAAUCGAAGUUUCCUGAGAGGUUUCCUGAGGAAGCACACCCUGUUACUGAAUCCCCAACGGGAUUAGAAGUGCCCCCACCUGCUUACUACAUACAUCCUCCCAAGUCUAAGAAUCCAAAGGCUAAGAAGAAGAAGAAGCCCGGCUAAUGACACUAGCUAACCAACUGAGAUAGGAGCCCUAUAGAAUUCGUUUCGUCAAGAGCUUCUAUCUGAAUGGUAAUAGCUUCCCCAACUCCACUUUCCACUUUCGAUCUUUCUUUUUGUCUACGAAGUAAGAUUCGCUGAAGGUAUCAGUCGUGUUAUGGGAGUAAGCGUCACUGUGGUUUUUCC